AUGAAGCUCAGAAUCAAGAUAACCAAAUCAGCCAAGCAAACUGCAUCGGCUGAACGAGUUUCCUCCCUAGAUGACCUCUUACUCGAGAUAUUGCUACGUCUACCUAUCAGAUCUCUCAUUCGUUUCAAGUGUGUAUCUAAACGCUGGCUCUCUCUUAUAACCAACCCGAGAUUUUCUAUACUCAGAAACCCCAACCCUAACCCCGCAGUAGGCUUGUUCUUGCGUUGCCAAGUUUUUGGCACCAAACCAGAUUAUGAUUACAUCCAUUUGGGCACUCAUAGCCACACAAAUCCUCCAUUCAAGAAGCUUAGAUUCACUUAUGAGCCUUCUGGCAUUUACAUUCUCCAAUCCUGCAAUGGACUGCUGCUCUGCAGAAGCUUUCUUGCUUCGCAAAGUAAACGCAAGUACUAUGUUUACAACCCCACCACAAAACAUUUCUCCACUCUCCCAAAAACAUGUCUUGUGACUAAAACAUCCAAUGCUGUCCAUGAAAUGAGCCCGGCUUUUAACCCUCGACAGUCAGCCCUCUACAAGGUUGUCUGUGUUUCCAAGAUCAUUCGCGGGAUGAGCUUAGCUUUUGACCCUGCAAGCUCGCCUCACUACAAAGUUGUCUGCAUUCGUGACUCUGAGUCUGCUCGUGACCAUUAUGAGAUCGAGGUUUUUCCAUCAGAAACCGGGCACUGGAGAGCAGUGGGUGAUCCAUUCCUCUCCAAUGUCUGUUUCAGAAACAGCGUGUACUGGAAUGGCACGAUACAUUGGAUUAGUACUUGGGAAUUUACCAUUUUGUCUUUUAACGUUUAUCAGGAAACGAGGGGAACAAUGCCUGCUCCUGCUCCACCUCCUCGCGAAGGGGGACGUGUUGGUUACUUCGGGGAGUCGUGUGGACACUUGCAUCUCGUUGCGGUUUAUGAGCCCCCGGGGGACAGAUUUGAUGUGCAUGAGAUGAAGAGUGACUGCUCUGAGUGGUUUGUGAAGUACAGAGUUGAUGCUAAACAGGUUUUUGCUGCACUUCCUGAGAUGAGAUCAGACUGGGAUGAUUUUUAUGCAUUCUCCAUUUUUUGUCUGGUACGAGGUAAGACAGGACAGGAUAAUGAUUCUUUCCUCGUACUGCAAACCCCAGGGAAGGCCAUCAGGUUCAAUCUUGUGGAUGGGAGUUUUGACAAGAUUUGCGAUUUGGAGGAUUCCCAGGAACAUGGCUCUUUAAGAAACCUUGAACAUGCUUUCCAAUAUGUUGAGUCUCUUUGUUGUGUUUGA